AUGCUUCUAUUUCUACAGUUUUCUCUUGCUAGGAUGGCGUCUCAUUUGACGGUGAAAGUACAUCCUGUGGUGUACAUGACAAUAGUUGACUCGUAUCUUCGACGUCAACGUCCUACCAAAGCUGGGCAGCCAGCCAAUGACAAGGCCUUGGGUACACUCAUGGGAUUCUAUGAAAAGGAUGCAGUGCAGGUCACUAACUGCUUUGCUAUUCCAUUCAGUGAGUUGAGGGACGAUCUUGAACUAGAUGAUUCAUUCAAUCAGCAAAUGAUUCAAAUGCUGAAGAGAGCCGCACCUACUGAACAACCUGUGGGAUGGUUUUACACCUCUUCUGAUCUUUCCUCCAAUUGCCUCAUCUAUCAUGAUUACUACAACAGAGUCAUAAAUGAGGUAUCUCGGAAGGAGUCUCCGCCUCUCAUUUUGUUAACCCUUGAUACAACAUUCACUAGUGCAGACGACAAAUAUCGUGUGCCUAUGAGGGCCUACCUCAGAACCUUGGCUGGAAUCCCUCGUGCACGUGAUCCUCACUGCGCAAUAUUCAAUCCUCUUCGCGUAGAACUCGAUGCUUUUCCAGGAGAAUGUGUAGCAAUGCAAUUAAUCGAGAAUGCCUUGGAUUCGAGACGACGUGAGGUGACAAUGGAAAGUGGACUUGAACAACUCGAAAGAAGUAUAGCGCAGAUAAUCGAAUGGCUCGAACGCUUGCUAGAGUAUGUCAACGAGGUUACUUCUCGCGAUGAGCUUCCUACUGAUGCGACAAUGGGACGUCGAUUAAUGGAUAUUGUUAACACGGCUGCCACGCAUAUGCAGACUGAAAAACUGGACAGUCUUGUCAAGAACAGCUUGAGGGAUUAUAUGAUGAUUUCUUACUUGGCGAACCUUACGACAACUCAGCUCUCAAGUG